UUUCAUCGCAAUGGAGUAGUUAUGAUCAGUUUGUAAAUUUUAUUUUUAUUUACUUAUACUUAUUUCUAACUGUAACUGAUGUAUUUAAAGGAAACGCUUAUAAAACAGACUAUUAUAGUCUUGACCACAGUGCCUGCUACCAUCCGGCAUAUGCUUCCGUAGCUCCAAGCGAUAAAGAGUCCCCGUCACAGGAUAUGCAUCGACCAAGUAUCGGCCUUGGAUGCAGCGCGUCGUUGCGACGGAAAACCAUUGUUUGAAUUUUAGCUAUUUAGAAGCCGUCAGGAUAUGGGCUUAGAGCAGUUGAAUGACGGCAGUCAUGGAAGCGAAUAAUCGAGUGGCCAAACCGUUCAAGAAUCUGAUCGAAUUGUAUACCACAAUCAACAGGCUCACUUAUUGGCCGGUACUUGCCAAUUUAAGGAAGUCCACGGAUUAUGUUUAUCGCGCUACUGAUUUCAGUCCGUCGGUCGAUAGACCGCAGAAGUUGAAGAGGAAAGAUAUGCCGAAAACUAUCGUGUGUCACGACUUGAUGGGUGGCUAUUUGGAGGAUAGAUUUCUGGAUGGUUCUAACGAGUACAAAUCAUACCACUUCUAUCAUUGGAACAUAAUCGAUACGUUUAUCUACUUCAGUCAUCAUUUUGUAACAAUCCCACCAUUCGGUUGGAUCAAUGCCGCGCACAAACACGGUGUAAAAAUCUUGGGAACGAUCAUUACGGAAAGCACACCAGGCAAAAUAUUAUGCGACGAAAUACUCAACACUCGAGAAAGUAUCGUGAGAUUCGCUAAUGCUCUGGUCCAGCUCGCUGUAUUUUAUAAGUUUGACGGAUGGCUUUUGAACAUUGAAAAUGAGAUUGACAAGGAUGACGUUCUCAAACUAACGUUUUUCGUUCAGUACUUGACGGAACGUAUUCAUGAAAGGAUAGAAGGUUCGGAAAUCAUUUGGUAUGACAGUGUAACUAAUACGGGAAAAUUGAAUUGGCAAAAUGAGCUGAAUGACAAUAACAAAAUAUUUUUCAACAAUUGCGAUGGUAUUUUUUUAAAUUACAACUGGACCGAUUCCGGUUUAAUGAGAAGCGUCAUGAAAGCUCAACCAGCGAAAAAAAUCACGAAUAUCUACGUCGGAUUAGACGUUUGGGGUCGAGGGUGCCCUGGUGGUGGAGGUUUCAACUCUGCAUAUGCUUUGAAGAAGAUAAGAGCGCAAGGACUUUCGGUGGCUAUAUUCGCUCCAGCUUGGACUUUUGAAUUCUUCGGGCCUAACACGUUCCCAAGAGUAGAAAAUAUAUUCUGGGCGCAACUAAUGCAGUACCUUUACGUCCAUGUACCUGUUUACAGAAACGAACGAUUCAUGACGUCGUUUUGUCGAGGAGCCGGUAUGAAGUAUUAUGAAUAUGGAAUGCAAAUAACUUAUCACGAUCCAGUAACGAACAAUGUAGUGGAAAGCAAUAGUUCUUUUUACAACAUGGCUAUGCAGAAACACCAGACUAUUGCGCUUUGUUUACAUUCAAAAUUCUCCUCGAUGAAUAUAGUACCGUCAAUUGUGAGAGAUAAAGAUUCUAAACCAGAGCCACAGGAAUGCACCUUUGAGACUUCCCAUGAAAUCAUCAGAGUCCUCGGUCACGUAAUCACUUUUGAAGAUAAACUCGACUCUUAUAAUGGAAUUAACUGCAUGCAAUUUUCUUACGACCUUUCUUAUGAAGGUGGUGGUUGUUUAAAAUUGAUCAAUAGGAAUCUUCGCUCUUACCACAGGUUAUUUUUCGUCGAUGUCAGUUUUAUGAGAGAAAUCCAAGCCCGCGUAAUCUAUAAAAUUGACGACUCCGAUUUGAAUAAUUCGAACAACGACAAUAGUUUAGUAUUAUUACUUGGAGAUGGCAAUGGACUUACAUCCUUUUUAUCCAGGGAUACGUUGCAGUAUGGAAAAGGAUGGAAGAUGAGUAUUUUUCAAACAAGUAUGAAGAUAGUUCAAGAAAUUGGUAUAGCUAUGACGGAAAUAGGAAGUAUUUAUAUAGGCAAAAUUCUUUUAGAUGAAGUCAAGCAUCCCUAUCGUCUUUAAUUGCGUUAUUGCUUAUAUAUAUUGUAAUUUUCGUUUAUAAUUAGUAAAUAAUACGUUUUUAUUUAUAUUGUUAAAUAUUAAUUUGUUGUUUAUAGUAACAUUUUUUGUUCAUUAUCCUUUGUUUGUAAAUAAGUCAAGUGAUGAGGAAAGGACUAUAAUUAUCAUAUAAAAUUCAGUUUCAUUCUA